CGCUGGUCAACAUGACCGACGUGGCGCAGAUGGUCAACGGAGACUUGAACCAUCGAGCCUGGAUCGGACUCUUGGAUGAGCCGAACCACUGGAGCUGGUCGCUGUCCAACCCGAACGUCUUUCAGAACCUCGGAGACUCCGACUUCAGAAACUGGCAGCCAGGACAACCUGACAACAGGAACAGCCCUGAAGACUGCGUGAGGAUCUACGACGACGGGCUGUGGAACGACUGGCCCUGUGAAAAAUACGAAAAGUCUGUGUGCGCUAACGUGAACGGACCGGAUGUAACGUUUGUCCUGGUUGAGAAUUUUUUUCCCUGGGCCGAGGCUCUGGCCAACUGCAGGCAGCAUCACACAGACAUGGCCAUCGCCAGAAACCCGUCAGAGAAUGAGAAGAUAAAGCAGGUGAUGCCGCCGGGUCAGUUCGCCUGGAUCGGGCUGAACAGAAACUCCUUGACCUGGGUGGACGGAACCAGCCCCACAUUCACUCACUGGAGAUCAGGGGAACCGAACAAUGAGGACGAGAAAUGCACUGUAGCAAACUUUGAGGACUCUGGAAAAUGGGAGGACUGUCCUUGUGACUGGAAAUUCCCGUUCUUUUGUUAUGGAGAUAAAGAGCAAAACGUUCUGGUUCCAGUUCCAGUUCCAGUUUCAAAGCUUGUGGUGAAGCUGAAGGUGGCGAAACCUUCCUCUCUGGACCUGAACGACACCGCUCUGCUGGAAGACCUGCUGAUGAAGUUUGAGCAGAAGCUGAAGGACGACGGCAUGGAAGGAGACGUCAGACUGAGCUGGAAGGAGAAACCAGAUGGAACGACCUUCCACAAGGAGGGAUGAGGAUGACCUUUAACCUUUAACCUUCAUCAGAACUGGAUUCUCCUCUCAUUGAUGUUUUUGUUUUCUCUUUUGCUCUAUUCUGGUUUUAUGCAGCAACCUUUGAAAAUGUUCCAGUCAUAUGUUUAAUAAAAGUGGAACGGUAAAUAGUGACUCUGAUUCUCCAACACUCUGUGGUUUGCUGUUUGUAAACUUACAGUCUAAAAUUAACUUCAGUUAUUUAUCCUGUCGUAAGAAAAACUGCUGGAGAUUCAUGUUCAAAAGUCAGAUUUUCACCAUGUUAUUCAUUCAUCUACAAAUGUAACAAUUUCAGGAUACAGCUCCAAACUUAAUAUUUAGUUAUAAACUAAACUUCUUAGCUAGCUAAAUAUUAGUUUGCAUCAUUUUUUUUAGCUCCAAACUAGUUAGCAAGCUGGCUAACUAAACGUCUGGUUUGAAGCUAAAUAGUUAGUGAGUUUGCUUACUAGAUCUUCAGUUUGAAACUUAGCAGUUUAUUUCUUUA